AUGACAUCUAUUGAACGGAAAUUCACAGUAAAACAUGUUUUUACUGAUUUUAUAAAGUCGACGAGCGAUGGAAACGAGAUGAACGGAAAACCAGAAAAACAUUUCGGGUGCACUUGGCACGCCAAUGUUCUCCCAAGCUACAGUCGUUCGGGAAAUCAAGUCGACCAUUAUUUCAUCAGUUUGUACCUUGAAAAUCAUCGAAAAUCGGAGGAAUGGCGUAUUGGAGCGAGUUGUGAAUUGAUGUUCGAAACAGCAAAAGGACCGAAAUCAAUAGAAAAUGAUGCGUGCGAAUUCCCACAUUCAGAGAAUAACUUCAUUUUUGAAUUGAAAGGCGAAGAUCUCAGAAAAUACUUGAUCGAUGGAAAAUUGGGAGUGGAAUUUCACGUUUCGAUCGAUAAAAUCACUGGAAUGCAACUGUUUGAUGAAUCAAUGAGAAAGUAUUCGGAUGUUGUGUUGAUUGUGGAAGACCAGAAGUUUUAUGUGUUGAAAUUUUUCCUUGCCUCCCAAUCGUCAUAUUUCGACACAUUAUUCUUCGGAAAUUUCGAAGAAUCUGCAAAAUCUGAAAUUACUCUCACUGGAAUCGAAGCAUCGCAAUUUCAGAACUUUCUGGAAGCGCUCCAUGGUCACUCAGUUAUUGAUGAUAAAACUGUCGAAGGAGUUCUCAAUUUGGCGAAUAUGUACGAUGCGCAGACAGUGUUUCAGAGAUGUCAAACAUUUCUUCUAAAAGAAUCAAAGAAGUGUAUGAAGGAGAAACUCGAAUUGGCUGGGAAGUUCCAGUUACCGAAUCUCAAAAAAGACUGUCUCUCGAAAAUCAACACUUUCGAAGAGAUCCGGGCGGUCGUUCCACACUCCUCUGAAUCAAUGGAUCAUCACAUUUUGGCGAAACUUUUCGACAAAUUGAUUGAAGUUCAGAAGCCAUCUUCGACCUCAUUCUCGUUUGGAAAUAAAUAA